AUGCUUGUGGGCCCUGGCGAUCUGGCGGACCUGCUGCAUGGGCUCACGGUGCGAUCGGCCAUCUUCACCGACACCGAGGAUCCCCUGCGCCUUGACCGCUGUCCAUGGGGAGACAGUCCGGGCACCUCGCCAGGGCAGCUGGCUCCCAGACCGGUGCGGCUCUUUUCCCGGGCUCUGCUCGCUGCGCCGGGGCUGUCGCGCGGCCUGUUGCUCGCGCUGCUGGUGCUGCAGCGAUCUCCGGCAGCCUGGCAGCGUGGGCUCAGCUGCGGUUUGCUGGCCGGGCUGCUGGGCUGCGAGUCUUUCCAUCGGGCACAAUCGGCGCCGGUGAUGGUCGGAGCCAUGGCGCCCGACCAGUCCCCCGGCGACUUGGCCCUGGCGGUGGGGGCCAAAUUCGAGCAUCUCGUCUGGCCGCUGCUCUUCGAGCGCCUGCGUGAUCGGGAUGUCUGGGUGCGCGCGGUGGCCGCCUCCUGGCUGGGGCGUUUGGUUCGGAAGCUUGUGACCGGUGGCGGGACGGAGUCGGGGCCGGAGGCCUUGCUCCGGCGCUUGGUCGGCCCCGGUGGCCAGUCGGCCACCUUGCGGGACCUGGGCCCGGGGGUCCGGCUGCUGGUGCAGGCAUCGGGCGACACGGCCGACCGGGUCCGCCUGCAAGCCACCACCACCUUGGCCAGCUUCCUGGAUGCGUUGCUCCAACAGGCAGACCGGCGGGCGGGCGGCUGGCUGGGGGCGUCUUUGCGGCGCGCCUUCGCCGAGCCGGCCCCGCCGGCCGGCGACCCGGCGCCCGGCGGCCUCCCCCCGGUCGAGGGCACCGAGGGGGCUCGCAGCACCGGCAUGCGGCCAUGCUUGGCCUCGGUUGUCACGCGGCUGGCGGAUUCCUGCCUCCAAGCGGAGGAUAUCCCCUCGGCCGCCGGCGCCGGCCGGGCACUGCAUCGGCUGCUGACGCUGAUGCUGGUGCUGCCGGGCGGCGCGGCCGCCCCCACCGGGCCCGAGGUCCUGCGAGAGCUCCUCUGUCGUGAUCCGCUUGGGGGCUUCUGCCGGGAGUGCCACAUCCCGGCGUGUGGUCGCUUGCUGGCCGGCCGGCUGGCCGGCCUGAGCGCGGCCCGGGGGCUGGCGACGCGCGCGGCCUUCGGGCUGGCUUUCCCCUGGCCCGGAGCCACGGCCGCGGGCCGCGCCUCGGCCGACGCCGGCGACCCUGGGGCCGCGAUUGGCUGGCUCCUGGCACGACUGGACCCGGAGCAGCAGCAGCAGCUGGCCCGGGGCACCGGGCGCCGGGAGGCCGAGGCCAGCGCCGCGCUGCUUCGCUGCCUGGCCAUCGGGGAGGCGGUUCUCCGGGCGGAUCCCGGGGCGCCACUGCCCGAGGCCCUGCAGGCGCAGUUGGCACGGGCGGGCUCGGCCCCCGCCGGGCCGGAUGACCCUCGCCGGCGUCGUCAGCAACUUUUGCUGGCCUUCCAGGGGGACCUGGCCCGCGGGCUCGGCAGCGACCUCGGCGCACGGCACAUGGGUCGCCUGGUGCUGCUGGCCGCGGAGGAGCGCCGGCAAACCGGCCGGACGCUGGCCAUCCCGGCGGCCUUGCCCCCGCCCGGGGGCUGGUUCCUCCCGGGCUGGACCCCGGUUCAGGUGCUGGAGGUGGUCCUCGGCCGGGGGAGUCUCAGCCGGGAGGCGCUGGGCCAGGCGCGUGAGCGCCUGCGCCUGUUGGCCGGCCUUCGGCCGGACGACCCGGCGGCCGAGGCGCUGCCGGGGUCCGGGCCGCCGCGCUUCCUGUCCGCCUCGGCGGCCGGAUACCUGCACGCGCUUUUGGGGGUGGGCUUCCCGCAGGAGGCCCUGACCGAGGCAUUGGCCCAUGGGCCGAGCCAGGCUCGGGAGUCCCUGUGGCGGCUGGCUGGCGGGCUGCUGGUCAUGUGGCCGGCGGUGGGGCUCGGUCGCCAGGCCGACGCCCCGCUGCUGGAUGCCGCCGUGUCGUGGCUUGCCCGGCCGGCUGCCGGUGCGGAUGCCCUGGAAGCCGGCCUGGCCGUGGCAGCGGCCUGCCUGGGCGAGGGAGCGGCCGAGCCCGAGCGGCGCCUGGUCCUCGGCCUGCAUGCGGCGCUGGCGGGCCUGCUCGGCCGGGGUGACGCGGCCGGGCCCUGGGGCGUCCUCUCGCGCCGGGGCCUGGUCCAUAUGUACCGGUGCGUGCGCCGGAGCAUGCCCCGGGCCCCGGGUCACCGGCCGGACCUGGCCGCCUGCAGCCUGCUCUUUGCCCUGGUGGACCGGGUCCUGGAGGAAAGUGACAUCGUCGGGCUGGAUGCCCUGUGGGCGGCGGAUCCGGUCGCCGCGGCGGAGUUCCUCUGUCACCCGGGGCUUUUUGGUCGAACUGCCCGGGUGCUAUUGAGCUGCCUGGCCACCGGGCCGGGCGACGCGGAACGCUGGUCCGAGGGGGCGGACUUGCCCGGGGCCGGGUCGGCAUUGCUCCGGCCGGCGGAUCGCCUGGCCGGCCGGGUGGCAGCCCCGGCCGGGCCCUGGGCCUCGCUGGCCGGCCGGGCCGAGGCCUGCCUGCUGGCGCUGUUGGCGCUGCGGCGCGCGGCGCAGGUGGCCGUGACCGCCGGCGAGGGCACGCCGCCCGGGGUGUGGCUGGACUGCUCGGCGGCCACCGACCGCAUUGUCGGCGGCCCACCGGCGGCUGGGACCAUGGACACGGUCCGCCGGCAUGCCCUGCAGCUGGGCCAGCUGUUUGUGCAAUACGCCACGGCCCUCUGCCAGAGCCCGCUGGCGGUCGGCCGCGGGACAAUGGCCCCGUCCAUGGGGCCCGAUGCGGCCAUGGCCGCGCGACUGACGGCCUUCCACCUGGUGCGCAUGCGCGCGGCUGGCGAGCUGCUCCGGCUCCUUUGGUCCUCCGGCUCGGGCAGCGAUGACUCGGGCCCGGCGCCGCUGGCGGUCCUGUCCCGCGUGGCCCUGUUGGCCGUCGCCCAGCCAGGCGACCUGGCCGGGGGCCUGCUGGCACAUGUGGCCACCACCGGCGGCGGGUACUACGUGGCCCUGGCCGCUUGGCCGGACGGCCCGGGGGACCCGCCGGACACGGGCCCCAUCGAUGGCCCGGACCAUGGCCGGCCUUUGAGGGAGCUCCGCCGGUGCUUGGUCACCCGGGCGGUGGCUCACCCGGCGGCCGACCGGCGCCUGCUGGCCCUCCUGCCGCUGGCCCUCUGCGAGCCGGUCCCGGUGCUCCUGCUUCCGGAUGCCCCCGGAGAGGACCCCCUGUCGGGGGACAUUCACCCGGGGCCCUGGCCGGGGCUGGACCUGGCCGCGGGGAUGGGGCUCUCCUGUCACCCGGCCACCGGGGCCCUGUGUCGGCUGCUGGGCCGUCGGCGCCUGUGGGCUCGCAGUCGGGCCACCGUGCCGCUGCUGCCGGAAUUCGCCCUCCAGUAUACGCUGGUCUAUUUGGCCACCUGCUCGGUGAACUUGUGUGCCAGCUCCCUGGCCCCGGGGCCGAGCGCCCGGCCCGGCCACCUGCCCGGCGGCGAUCCCGCCUGCUUGAGCUUGACCCUCUGCGCGGAGAUCGGCGUGUCACGGUACUUCCUGGCCCAGCACUCGUUCUUGCUCGGGCCGCUGCUGCUGGUGCUGGAGGGGCUGUGCGCGGAGCCGGCCCCCGGCGGCUCGAGCACCGAGCGUCUGCUUGAGGAUCUGCUGGCAGCAGGCCGCACAGCCGGCCCCAUCGAGUCCGUGCCGCUGGACCAGCGCAGUGUCUCCCUCCUGGAGGGGCUGCUGAAGGACCUCUCCCGGCGACGGGUGGCCCCGGCAUCCGGGCCGAUGGGGACCUCUUCGAGCGCGAUGUCGCCCGGGGCGCCGAGCACCCCGGGCCCGGGGUCCGUGGCCGCGGGCCCGCUCACCGAGCUGGACCAACGCCUGCUGCUCCUUUGUCGAGUGGGAUUGCUGCUGCUGCGGUCCUUCCGCCCUGAUGCCGGGUUUAAUUGGCGCGCCGGGCCGCAGGAUGCCCUGUCCCUGCUGACCGGCGGCGGUGGCACCGGCGGCGGUGGCACCGGCGACCGGGGGCCUGGCCCGCCACCGGGCCCCAGUGGCAGCGCCAGCGGCAGCGGUGACGGUGGCGGUGGCGGUGGGCCCCCGGCCCCGGCCCCGGGCCAUGCGCAGCUCCUCGACCACGAGCUCCUGCCGCUGGUUGCGGAUGGGACCGACGGGGCCGAGGAUGAUGGGGCCAAUGUCGUCCGCCAGGCGGAUCGCCUGGCUGCCUUGCUGCUCCUGUAUCAUGGGAGCGCCCAGCGCUUCCGCCAGGGAGCCAUGGCCGCAUCCGAGCCUGCGGCCAAUUCCCCAAUCCAGGAGCCGGCCCCGGGCGGGGACGGCCCCCCGGGCACGCCGCUGCCCGCACGAACGAACGCCUGGACCCCCGGGCAGCCGAUGGGCCUCGGAGCGCUGGGGUCUCCGCCUCGAGGGGGGCUCUUUUCGCCCUUUGUCCAGACCGUCCGGCUUGGGCACGCGGCGCCAGGUGGCCCGGCCACCCCGGCGGCCCCGACCCCGGCCCGGAAACGCCGUCAGCUCUGA